AUGGCGCUCAAAAACAUGCCAAUUCAACCUAGCAACGUUUCGAUCGCCCCAAACCCCAAAUCGAACGCUUCACGCGAUACACGGAAACCUGUGAGUCAUGGUCUUGUGAUUCGCACUUCACGACAAUGGGUACUGCCUCCCAGGCCCAAACCGGGCCGUAAGCCCUGUUUGAGUGCUCUACAACGGGCGCCCAAAUCAAGUCCACCAACUCAACAAAACAGUGGAACUGAAAAACCAGUUGUGGCUCGUCAACCUUUGGCUCGCAAUGGUUGUGAGGAUUUGAAGUCCGAUGAAAAGGUGAAAUUUGAGCCCAAGAUUGAUACAGAAACUGAAGCCAGAAUUGAUCCGAAACCACAGGUGAAAACGGAACCUAUGCCGUUGUUGUCGUCGUCGUCGUCGUCGUCAUCGACUUCGCCACCAUCAUCACUACCUGCACCUGCAUCAAUACCACGUUCAGUCUCGCCAUUAUCCUCCCAGCCGACGAUUCCUCCUGUUAACGCAAUUUCGAGUACGAUCGUUGAUGAAGCAGUUUCAGUCACUGAAAACACCCCGCAUUUGACGUCUAAAGUCUCAGAGACAAAACAAACCCCCAUCGUGUCGACACCAAUGGAACCUUUAAUUGCUCCAAUCAGGUCUAUUCCUCUGGUUCCAAAACAGCAGCAUCAAGGACCAACAUUGGCCCUUCAAUCUUCGUCCCCUGCGUCUCCGAUUACGACAACGACCACUACUACAACGACUACAACGACUACGAUGACUACCACAACAAGUAACCGUCCUCAACAAUCGUUGCCUGUCGCUGGAACUCAAAUUGUCAAAAAACUCACCAAGACUGCGUUGAAAAAGGAAAUUCAACACUUGAAGUUGGAAAAUUUCAAACUCAAACAGGAAAUGGGUCAUUUGGUUGGUCAUUUGCAACAUCUCAAACAGAAAAUUUCCACUCGUAACGAUUUUUCUGCCGCUAUUGCACCUGCAACUUUACAUUUGGGCUCUACCAAGAAACGAACCUUUUUGGAUUCCACGGAACAGAAAGAGUUUCUUGACAAUACUGAGAAUUUUCUGAAGUUUGAGGAUGACGACGAAGACGGUGAUGACGCGUCACACGCAGUUCUAUCGGCAGCUCACAUGAAACCUACUAUGUCAUUUUCUUCUCAAUACAGUUCGAGAACAAAUCUAACGGACGACGAGGACCCAGGAUUCUCUUCUUCUACACCUAGCUCCUUGUUCUCCGCAGAAUUGCAGAGAACGGUCACCAACAGUAGCCUUGCGAGUUCACAGCCUUACCACCAUCACUUGCAGUCACUUCAGAACACGAACUCGACUUCAAGCUAUUCCCCGCAUCCAAACGGCAGCAACAGCCCUUCUAGUUUGAUGCCCACCAAGCUGCAAACUCAUUCUCUUGAUAGCAUGAAAUUUGUUGACGAUUUCGAGCACCACGAAUUUUACAGCAAACAUCGCCAACUGUUUGAAAACAGGAUUGCACCCAGUCUACCCAGCGCUUCAAGCGUUUCUCCCUCGGCAUCGAAUCAACCCGGAGAUUUUCAUUUGGAUUCUAUAAAGGAAGAAGAUAUGGAUUUUCGACUUGAACAUGAUUUUGGAAAUGAGAAUGUGAGUAUUUUGAAUUUUCUCGAAAAUCAUAGCUCAAGGUUUGACAACAAUACAACGGCCAAUACUGCAGUAACGAACACAGUUCCUAGAUGGCUCAUGAAGGGAGAAGAAUUGGAAGAGUCAGACAUGAAUGUGUUCCAGAAUUUCAGCCCUGAGCCGGAGCUACUCAAGGCAGAGUUCCGCAUGCCACCGUCACUUGAAGAGUUAAUGGGUGAAGCAGAUGCUCCUGAAAUAAAGCGAGAGGACGACGAAGACGACGAUUUCUCUCGAAUGAACAUAUUUGAUUUUGCCUGA